UGUCGCGGGACGUGUCAUCAAGCUUGUCCCGGUGUCGUGUCGUCCCAACUCCGACUCAUGUUUCAGCCUGACACCGACAGACUCUCGCUUCAUAGUCGUCGCCACUUUACUCUCUGCGUCGCGUUUCAGCUUCUACUCCUAUCUGCCCAGGCCUUGUUGUAAGCCCUGCUGUGAGAGGGGGUGUUUGGUUCUAGUGGUGGUUGGAGUAUCUCUCUUCAGCUGCCAAUAUGUCGGGCUUCAAUCUGCUGCAUCUAAUAAGCAAGAGUCAGCCUGUGACUCUGAGGUCCUGCAGUCUUCCCUCAGGAGCUACUCGAACCAAGAAGACAUGGCCGGUGACCUUCUCUCAGGAGGAGAUAAAGGAACGUCUCACACCCAAGCAGUAUCAUGUUACACAAGAGCGAGGAACUGAGAGUGCCUUCACUGGGGAGUUCACACACCACAAAGAUGAUGGGACCUACACAUGUGUUGUCUGUGGGGCUCCAUUGUUCAGUUCGAAAUCCAAAUAUGACUCCGGAUCAGGUUGGCCUUCCUUUUUCGACCUUGUGAAAGAGGAUUCCAUCACCGUGUCCGAUGAUUUCUCCUACGGGAUGCACAGAGUGGAGACCACCUGCAGCCAGUGUGGCGCGCAUCUGGGACACCUGUUUGAUGAUGGCCCAAAACCCACAGGCAAGCGAUACUGUAUCAACUCUGCCUCGCUCUCUUUCCAGCCUGAAGACGCCGAGUCCUCUGGCUCCGCCUCCACGACUGAAGGUGCUGCCGUGGCGGAGGCGAAGACGGAACUUUAAAAGGCCGACCCGGAGAGAUUGAUGUUGCUGUGUGUGUGUGUUUGAAUUAAGACUCCCAUGCAUACCAACAUAAUAGUUGAAUCAGUACACAUUAUAUACAUGUAUAAUUUCCACAUGCAAAUAAUGCUGAGCAAAAGUAUUACACUCGCACUAACAAAACUGAGAACUGACUUUAAUAUCCCCUUAAUAUUACCGAUUGAUGUUUUUAUAUUCUACUAGACGAGAGUAUAUAGGGUGUCUCAAAUGGAAUACUUCCGUCAGUACACAUCAAUACGUAUACUGUACUGUGUACGCUGUGUACUUAGUUCCUUCUCUCCUUUUUUAAUGGUGAAUUGCAACCCCUCCAGUUAGACACCCUCCCUUUCCACUACGUAGCCAAGAUGGCGACUAUUAAGGGUGGUAAGUGUCCAUCACUGCGCAUUCACUGCUUUUUGAGUAGAACCUGGGUUCUGACAGUGUGCACUGCAUUUUGCCGUAUUUCUCAGUGUGAAUGCUCAUACGCAGUCAAAAGACGAAGUGCGAGAAUUGAGACUGUCUAUAUUUGGCGGGUAUCUUUGAUGCUUUUUAACGUUCUCAGGCAAAAAUGGAAUAUGUGGAGUGCUUUUGGCAAAUAAUCCACCAGUGUGACUCUUCUAUUUCUUUCCAAUGGCGCUAUGGCGUUUUUUCACAGCAGUCAGUGGAUGAAUAAAAUCGAUA